AAACAGAUGACAAAUAAUCAUACAAUCAUCUGUCUGGUGUUGUUGGAUAAUCAAAUCCAAGGGCAUGUCGUAAAUCAUUACGAAUUUCAAAAUAUCAGUAUUUUUUGCUGAUUUAACAUCUUUAUAUAAAUCUAAUGGUGUAGUUAUAACGAAAAUUUUAUUCCAAAAUGCUAGCUCAAAACAAAGUGAAAUUACUUUCAAUUUACGUUCGUUGCAUAAGUACAACAAGUCGAUUUGGAGCUAGUCAUUACGAUGUGCUUGGAAUAACACCAAAAGCGACGCAGAACGAUAUUAAAUCGGCAUAUUAUGAAUUAUCGAAAAAAUAUCAUCCUGAUAAAUCAAAGGAUGAGGAAUCAGCAAAAAAAUUUAGACAAAUUUGUGAAGCCUAUGAGGUUCUUGGCAAUGUAACCUUGAAGAAAAUGUACGACAAAGGUCUGAUUGUGGGAAAGGAAAAUACGUCUAGAAUGGAAUAUCAACCGGAACCAGAGCCUGCAGAUCCUACAUUGAAGUUCUAUAAAUCUCGGAAUAAUAAAAAUGUUAUACCUACAAUGGAUGGUCACACACCAAUCUUUGACUUUGAUACCUGGUCGAAACAACAUUAUGGAAAUUUGUUAAAAAAACACAACUACGCCAGGGACUUUGUUAAGAAGCAAAAGAAAAAAGAAAUGGAAAUAUCACAGACUAACCAUCAAGAGGCGGUCUUUUAUCUUUUACUUGUCUGCUUUUUCUUUUUUAUGAUUGCAAUAGGAAAAAGUGAUUAUGAUAACAACAAAAUGGAAGAAACCAAACCGGUACAAGACUCAAAUAAAGCAACAGUCUUAAAAUAAUCCUGAAUGUUGAUUAGAGGAAAUUGUUGAUUUACUAAUUCAUAAUAUAUUUAUUUAGCUUAUUGUAUAUACUGUACAUAAUUUUUAUUGCAUAAAAAUUAGAGUUAGAUAAAUUAUAAUUGUUGAAAUAUAUUGCUAAAAUAUUAA